ACUUCCGGUUGAGCGUUAUUUAUCUUUUGUCAGGGAAAAGUAAAUAUUCCCUAUUUGUAAGUAAAGCUAGCCAUGUCACAGUUUGCAACUCCAAAGAAUCCACCCUGGGCAAGACAGUCUGCUACACCAGAUAUGAAUGCUGUUUCUACACCAAAUUCAAUUUCUUUGGCACAACAGCAAGCCCAAUCCAUAAUGCAGGCACAACAGUCACCCUCAAUCAUGCAACAGUCUCCCAUGAUGCAGCAGUCUCCUACAGUGUAUUGUAUGGGGACAACUACCCCCACGUUACAGACACCACAGUAUGCCACACAACAGUUGUCUUUAGGGUUACAGCAGCAAGCAGCAUUGCAACAGCAAGGUCCACCACAAAUCAUUCCACAGCCAGGGAUAGCUAUCCCUACCACCUUAGCCACAAACCAACAGGUAGCACCGGUCAGUUACCCUAAUCCUAGGCAAGUUCAGCAGGCAGCACCGCCUAAACAGCGAGUCUUUACUGGUACAGUCACCAAGCUACAUGACAAUUUUGGUUUUGUCGAUGAAGAUGUUUUCUUCCAGACAAGUUGUGUAAAAGGCCUCAUUCCAAAAGUUGGUGAGAGAGUAUUAGUGGAAGCCACCUACAAUCCAAACAUGCCAUUCAAAUGGAAUGCAACACGAAUACAGCUCCUUCCUAAUCAGGUUGGAUCAAACCAAGGAAAACCAAGUGUAAUGGGACAGCCUGUUCCUUCAUCUUUAAUGGGAGAUAACCCAGGAAAUAGGCCAUUUUCUUCAAAGAAAGGAGAAAGAUUCAGAGACAGAGAAAGAAAAGGAUUCAGUGAUAUAAAGAAAGAGCCUAGAGAAAGACCAGAGAGACCUUUACCUCUAAAGAAGCGGUCUCGUUCAAGAACCCCUAAACGAGGAGAUAGAAGUGGUAGUCCACGUAGACGUAUGAGAGUUGUACCCAGAUAUGUAGUACAGAUACCAAAAUUAUCUUUCAAUUUGCAAUCAGCUAAUGUGGUCACAUUAAAGUCUAGGUACAGCAGUAUGUAUGUCCCUAGUGAUUUCUUCAAAGCCAAUUUUACAUGGAUGGAUGCUUUUCCAUUGACAAGGCCAUUCCAGUUAGGUCGUAACUGUGAAUUCCACGUCCUUCACAAAGAUGUAGAGUCUAUAAAUACUUCGGAUGCCUUACUGGAUCCACCAGAUGCUGAUCAUAGUUUUAACGCUAAGGUUAUGCUUCUAUCCUGUCCUGAGUUAGAGGAUUUAUACCACAAAUCGUGUUCACUGUCGGAAGAUGCCGCUGAUGUUCAGGAGAAUUUUGUACAUCCUACAAGACUUAUCCAUUUCUUAGUUGGUAUCAAAGGCAAAAAUGAAACCAUGGCAAUAGGGGGUGCAUGGUCCCCAUCACAGGAUGGUUUGAAGCCAGACGAAGACCCAAAAGUACUAAUUAAAACUGCUAUCCGUACGACAAAAGCUUUGACUGGUAUCGACUUGUCAGCUUGUACCCAGUGGUACAGAUUUGCUGAGGUGCGGUACUUACGACCAGAAGAGAUCCAUAAAGGCAAGCACCUGCCAACCAGAGUUGAGACUACUGUCAUUUUCUUCCCAGAUGUAUGGAGUUGUAGUCCAUCCCGCCUUGAGUGGGCAUCGCUACAGACAGCCUACAAAAAACAACUGCAGAAAAAGAUAGCCGCCAUUUCUGAUGGCCCUAAAGACACAAGCUCACAGGAAGAAGAUGAAGACACUGAAAACAUUGAGGUCAGAGAUCCUACCCACUUCUCACAGUUAGAUCCCAAGGCUAUGAAGAUUAUAGACUUACGACGAGAAUUAGAAGCAAGGACCUUGAGCUCCAAAGGAUUGAAGUCACAACUGAUUGCUAGACUGACAAAGUCACUGAAGAUGGAACAAGAGAAAGAAGAAAGUGAAGAACAAGUGAAAGAGGAAGCUUCAACUCCUAUGGAAGAAGAAGUACAAAAGAAUUUAGAAGAGGAAAAAACAGAAGAAAAAAAGAAAGAGGAAGAAGAAAAGAAGAAGAAAGAGGAGAGAGAAAAAGUAUCUUUGGAAAGGAAGUAUGCUCUACCAGAGAAUCCUGCCAUAUUAGUUCAUCCAAAUCCUACUGCUAAAUCAGGAAAAUUUGAUUGUGCUGUCAUGUCUCUGAGUGUCUUACUGGACUACAGACCUGAGGAUAACAAGGAACACUCAUUUGAGGUGUCUUUGUUUGCUGAACUGUUCAAUGAAAUGUUGAUGAGAGAUUUUGGCUUUGAAAUCUACAAAUCUUUGGUACGAGCCCCAGAGAAGAAAGAGGAAGAGAAAAAAGACAAAGAUAAGGAAAAAGAUAAAGAAAAGGAUAAAGACAAAGAAAAGGAAAAAGAUAAAAAAUCUGAGGAUAAAUCAAAUAAAGAACCAACACCUAAGAAGAGAAAGAAAGAAGAAGACACAAAAGAAACUAAGAAAGACAGUGAAAAGAAUGAUAGAAAGGCUUAUGUUGUCAAAAAGGAGGAUGAUAAAAGUGAGGAGAAGAAAGAGGAAGACGAAGAGGAAUCUGAUGAUAAAAAGAAGAAGAAAGACAAAAAGAAAUAUUUCACCAGGUUUCCUGCCCUGCUAUUAUCCUUUACUUACUUUGAUCAGAACCACACUGGUUACUUGAUUGACAAGGAUGUGGAAGAGAUAAUUCAUACUAUAGGUCUACAGUUAUCUAGAGCUCAGGUAUGGAUUAAUGAAAUCAUUCACACUAUAGGUCUACAGUUAUCUAGAGCUCAGGUAUGGAUUAAUGAAAUCAUUCACACUAUAGGUCUACAGUUAUCUAGAGCUCAGGUAUGCAUUAAUGAAAUCAUUCACACUAUAGGUCUACAGUUAUCUAGAGCUCAGGUAUGGAUUAAUGAAAUCAUUCACACUAUAGGUCUACAGUUAUCUAGAGCUCAGGUAUGGAUUAAUGAAAUCAUUCACACUAUAGGUCUACAGUUAUCUAGAGCUCAGGUGAAGAAGUUAGCACAGAAAUCUGUAUCUCGAGAUUCCAUACACUAUAGAAAGAUGACAGAUAAACCUCUACCAGGUCAGGUGGUUGACAAGGAGGAGGAGUCUAAGGAAAUCAAAAUUAUAGAUACAGAAACAUUGGCACUAGGCAAUGCUGAAUAUGAUCCUGAUUACAAAGAUUCCAAGUCUUCUUAUAGUAACAGAACUCCAAAAAAGGGGGAGGAUGAAGUACUGACAGGAAUGAUCAACUAUAAAGGAUCAGUCUUGGACAUAGAGAGUUUGUUAGACAGAUUAGGGAAAAGUGAGAAAACAAGGCUGGACAUGGAAAAAGAAAUGCAGAAAUUAUCAAAAGACAGAGAUACAAUCAAGACAAAUUUAGAAACGAAAGAAGAAUCCGGCCAAAAGUUGAAAGAGGAACUGAAACAAGUUAAACAAAAACUAUCUGAUCAGGAAAAGCUAACCAACUUCUCAGAGUCAGCGAGCAAGAAGUACAUAUCUGCUCUAAUGUUAUCAAAGGAUCAUCUAACUACCAUGCUGGACACAGUUUCUGCAGCAUUGGACGAGAAAGAUAUCAAGAAAGAAGAUAUACUGAAAAAGGAUGAAGAAAAAAUUACAAUUAAAAAAGAAAAAGUAGAAAAUGGGGACUGAAUAUGUUGUGCGAAUUUUAUAACAUUGUUGAAUAUUGUUGAAUGAUGCUGUUACGUUUUUGUUCAGGUGUUACUUGUACAUUGAUUGAUGCUAAAAUACAUGCAAUAAAAUGUGAGAUUGACAUGUGGAAAUAAGAAUAGUCCUGAACACACCCACAAAAAUUGAAAUAUUGAUAGACAAUGUUUUUGUUAAUCAUGAUGAUACUGCUUAUUCAGAUAUUUCAUGUACCAUGAAUCUAGAAAUUAAUUUGGUGCAAGUGCAGUCAUUGUGAAAAAGUCAAUAAAAACAAUAAAUAAAAGUAAAAUUGG